AACAACAACAGCUUGUAAUUUCACCACUAACAGCUGGACUUACAAGAAACUCACCUCAUUACCACAGAUGAUUGUAAUGCAGAAAGGAAUUGCAGGUGGCAGGUGGCAGAAAAGUGUUGGGAAAUGUCCCCUCUAAAGGGCGGCCUACAAAUCAGCUCUGCCAGAUCCAAAGAGUGCCUUCAGUCAGUCACCCAAAAUAACCCUCAAAACUAAAUACUUAAUACUGCUACCUAAGAUUCGGUGGCAACAAUGAGCGCCCAGCAAAACGAUAGCCAUGGCAAUCGAUAGCAACGGGCAGGCCAGUUCGCUUGGAAACCCCUAGCCAUGGAGAGCAAGCAUCGCCUCGCGGUCUACGACUGUGACAUCGGCACGGACGACGCCUGGGGCCUGGCCAUGAUGCUGCGGGCCGAGGGGGUGGCUCUGCCGGGCGGCAGGAGCGUCAAAGUGGUGGCCAUCACCACGGUGCAGGGCAACACGGACGUGGACAAUGGCGCGCUGAAUGCCCUGCGGGUGCUCCACACGCUGGACAGGCGGGAUGUUCCCGUCUUUAAGGGCUGUGCCGAGUCGAUUGUGCCACGCACUUGGGAGUACACCUCUAAAUUCCAUGGCCAGGACGGCUUGAACGAUGUGGGUGGCUAUCCGGAGGUCAACGAGCAGCAGGAACUGCAGCCGGAGCACGCCGUGAACGCCAUGUACCGCCUGGCCUGCGAGUACCCGGGCCAAGUGGACUUCCUGCUCUGCGGGCCACUCACCAACUUUGCCAACUGCAUCAAUCUCUAUGGACGCUCGUUUCUGGACAAGAUCGGCGACGUCUACAUUAUGGGCGGCAACAUUUUCGGCAAGGGCAAUGUGUCCAAGAGUGGCGAGUUCAAUUUCAUGAUGGAUCCGGAGGCGGCGCACACAAGCCUAGAGCGAUUGACGCGGCCAGCGCUAGUCCUGCCCUGGGAGACCUGCAUCGAUGGCGAGCUGGGCGUGACGCUCGACUGGCGACUCAAUGUGCUGGGCGCCGUCGACCAUCCCUUCGUGGAGCUGCUGACCCGGGCGGAACGCUCGAUGCUGGAGCCGCGGGGAUUCAUCAAGUGGAUCAGCUGCGAUUCCCUGCUGACGGCCAUCUACCUCUUCCCGGACGCCAUGAUCGCCGACCAGCGGGAGUACUAUGCCACCGUGGAGCUGAGUGGCGUCCACACGCGCGGCCAGAUGGUGCUGGAUCACCUGCGGGGCCGCAAGGUGGACGCCAUCCACGGGAAGCAGAGCAAUGUGCGCGUCGUGAGGCGCCUCAGUGGCGAGCACUUCCGCACGAUCAUCGGCUGGACGGGAUUCCUGCCCAGCGCCGAUAUAGCACCACUAUGCGUCUAGCACCUAAUAAAAUGCCAAGCAAAAAUCAA